CUUGUCUAAAAGUGAACUCAGAUAACGAAAUAUCUGAAUGUCCUUUUAAAAAAAUCAUUCUUCAUGAUAGAACGUGAGAAUCAUGGUGCAAAAAUCGUGAUAAUUUUAAAACAAAAUUUGUGAUUUCGGUGUAUUUACAUACCACAUCAAAUCUCCCCAGUGUUCAAACAAAAUCAAUAAAACAUAAAGCAUGGAUGAAUACACGAGAGAACCAUGCCCAUGGCGUAUCCUCGACGACUCUGGUGGUGCUUUUAUUAUGGGAGCUAUCGGAGGCGGAAUAUUUCAUUCGAUAAAGGGAUUCAGGAAUGCGCCUGUGGGGUUCAGUAGAAAAAUGUAUGGCAGUCUGGCAGCUAUGAAGGAGCGUUCUCCUGUAGUGGGGGGUAACUUCGCUGUUUGGGGAGGCAUGUUCUCUACUAUUGAUUGCUCACUAGUAUACUUGAGACAGAAAGAGGAUCCAUGGAACUCUAUAAUGAGUGGAGCACUCACUGGUGGCAUACUUGCAGCUAGAAAUGGUGUACCUGCAAUGGCUGGCAGUGCCCUAGUAGGUGGCAUUCUUCUUGCACUAAUAGAAGGCAUAGGUAUAAUGUUUUCUAGGAUUACAGCUGAGCAGUUCAAACCACAGCAACCAAUAUUUGAAGACCCCUCAGUGUUAGGGAGCCAAGGACAACCGCAGAGUCAAACGUUUCAGUAGAUUAGAUGUUAAGUAUAUACUGCUAGUGAUUGUACAGCCUGGCUUGGCUCUUCAGAGUUACCUUUGCCUAUAAAGUAUAAAAUUCAAGUCUUAUGGUUUUGAAUAAAGCUCUGAAAAUGAUGCUUAGUUUUAAUAUUGAGUUGAUAGAUUUUAUUAUUUUUCUAUUUCAUAAUUUGCUGUACAUGUAAACAAUGUAUCUAGAUGUGGAUAUAACCAGUUUACAGAUUAUCUCUGUAAUUGCACAAAUACUUCUUUCAUAGCAAUACUUUUUAAAGUAUUGAACAUUGACAUAUUUUAAUAAAACAAAAGGUAGGCUGUACAAUCUAAAUUGAAAAACAAAUCUCUUGCCAGCAUGGCACUGUAUCAUAAACCAGACUUUAGAAUCAUUUUUGUUUUCUCUGAGUGAAUUAUUUGCAUCUGUGAUAUUUUCAGUCCUGUACUGAUUGUUUAUAAUUUCACUCAAAAAUGGUUUUAUUUCCUAUCCCUUUGUUAUUGUGUCAACAAUACUAAUUUUGUUCAAUGCAAAGCACAAUGCAAUUAUUUGUCGUUAUUAAUUCGGUAUUUCACAGAAUAUUACCUGCUAGAGUUACCCCAACUUGAUUAUUUGUUCCCAUAUAGUUGAGGGUAUCAGAGACAGUGUCAGUUUAUUUGCUGAUUUUGAAGAUUAUGUGUGCCAUCUUCCAAUUAGCUAUCCCAUACUGAUCCUGUCCAAAUUGUUUUACAAACAAAUGAUUGCAGGCAAUUUUCUCUGAAAUGUUUCUCGAAGAUUGAAUUUAUUUAAAAAUAAAGACUUUUAUAGA